UUCGGGUUACACUCGCCCAGCCUGACCCGAGUGACACCCCCGCGCCUAGCUGCGGGCCCCGGGGCCGAGGCUCUGAUCCUGGGAGGAGGCAGAUUCUGUCCUGGCUGGAGGAAGCUGGUGCUCCCGCCGACCGUCCCCUCGCUCGUGAGGAUCAGUGUCAGGCUGAGAAAUGGCAUUUCAGAAGGCAUUUAAAGGGACUGUUCUAGUUGGAGGAGGGGCUCUUGCCACGGUUUUAGGACUUUCUCAGUUUGCUCAAUACAGACGGAAGCAAGUGAACCUGGCUUAUGUAGAAGCAGCCGAGUGCUUUACAGAACCUGUCAACCGGGAGCCUCCUUCCAGAGAAGCUCAGCUACUGACUCUGCAAAACACGCCUGAAUUUGAUAUCCUUGUUAUUGGAGGAGGAGCAACAGGCAGUGGCUGUGCACUAGAUGCUGUUACUCGAGGACUAAAAACAGCCCUUGUUGAAAGAGAUGAUUUCUCAUCAGGGACCAGCAGCAGAAGCACUAAAUUGAUCCAUGGUGGUGUGAGAUAUCUUCAGAAGGCCAUCAUGAAGUUGGAUAUUGAGCAGUAUAGGAUGGUAAAAGAAGCCCUUCAUGAGCGUGCCAACCUACUAGAAAUUGCUCCCCACUUAUCAGCUCCGUUACCUAUAAUGCUUCCAAUUUACAAGUGGUGGCAGUUACCUUACUACUGGGUAGGAAUCAAGCUGUAUGAUCUGGUUGCAGGAAGUAAUUGCUUGAAAAGCAGUUAUGUCCUCAGCAAAUCAAGAGCCCUUGAACAUUUCCCAAUGCUCCAGAAAGACAAAUUAGUAGGAGCAAUUGUCUACUAUGACGGACAGCACAACGAUGCGCGGAUGAACCUUGCCAUUGCACUCACUGCUGCCAGGUAUGGGGCUGCCACAGCCAAUUACAUGGAGGUAGUGAGCUUGCUCAAGAAGACAGACCCCGAGACAGGCAAAGACUGUGUGCGCGGAGCCCGGUGCAAGGAUGUCCUCACAGGGCAGGAAUUUGACGUGAGAGCCAAAUGUGUUAUCAACGCCACAGGACCUUUCACAGACUCUGUGCGCAAAAUGGAUGAUAAGAACGCUGCAGCCAUCUGCCAGCCGAGUGCUGGUGUCCAUAUUGUGAUGCCUGGUUAUUACAGCCCCGAGAGCAUGGGACUUCUUGACCCAGCAACCAGUGAUGGACGAGUUAUUUUCUUCUUACCCUGGCAAAAGAUGACUAUUGCUGGCACAACUGAUACUCCAACUGAUAUCACAUCCCAUCCUAUUCCUUCGGAAGAAGAUAUUAACUUCAUUUUGAAUGAAGUGCGUAACUACCUGAGUUGUGAUGUGGAAGUGAGAAGAGGAGAUGUCCUAGCAGCAUGGAGUGGUAUCCGUCCCCUCGUUACAGAUCCCAACUCUGCAGAUACUCAGUCCAUCUCUAGAAAUCAUGUUGUUGAUAUCAGUGAGAGUGGCCUUAUCACUAUAGCAGGCGGAAAAUGGACAACUUACCGAUCUAUGGCGGAAGAUACUGUAAAUGCUGCCAUCAAGACUCACAAUUUGAAAGCAGGACCAAGUAGAACAGUUGGGCUUUUCCUUCAAGGGGGCAAAGACUGGAGCCCUACCCUCUACAUUCGGCUUGUCCAGGAUUAUGGACUUGAAAGUGAGGUGGCACAGCAUCUUGCCGCCACCUAUGGUGACAAGGCUUUUGAGGUGGCCAAAAUGGCAAGUGUGACUGGAAAGAGAUGGCCUGUCGUUGGAGUACGUCUUGUGUCAGAAUUUCCAUAUAUUGAGGCAGAGGUAAAAUACGGUGUUAAGGAGUACGCCUGCACCGCAGUGGAUAUGAUUUCACGCCGCACUCGUCUGGCCUUUCUCAACGUUCAGGCAGCAGAAGAAGCCCUACCGAGGAUUGUUGAACUGAUGGGCAGAGAAUUGAAUUGGGAUGAUCGUAAGAAAGAGCAAGAACUGGAAACAGCCAGGAAGUUUCUUUAUUAUGAAAUGGGCUAUAAAUCUCGAUCAGAACAAUUAACAGAUCGCUCUGAAAUCAGCCUGCUGCCUUCAGACAUCGACAGGUACAAGAAGAGAUUUCAUAAGUUUGAUGCAGACCAAAAAGGAUUUAUUACCAUUGUUGAUGUUCAGCGUGUAUUAGAGAGUAUCAAUGUCCAAAUGGAUGAAAAUACACUCCAUGAAAUUCUGAAUGAAGUAGAUUUAAACAAAAAUGGACAAGUUGAACUCAAUGAAUUUUUGCAGCUGAUGAGCGCUAUUCAGAAGGGAAGGGUGUCUGGAAGCCGGCUUGCUAUCCUAAUGAAAACGGCGGAGGAGAACCUGGACAGAAGAGUUCCGAUUCCCGUGGACCGUAGUUGUGGAGGAUUGUGAGUGUGAGCGGUAAAUCCACAGCCAGCAAACAUAGGAACAAACCAACCACAGUGUAACUACCAGAGAUGACUUACACCACUCUAAAACAGUGGAUACGGAUAGCUGCCUUUUUAAACACUGGACAACAUUCCGAAACUGUAGGACGUUGGUGUAUUUGCCAACUUUAUUUACCAAUGCUUUAUUUGUAUUUGCCACUCAACCUAGCUUCUAAAAAGUAUAUUUUAUCUUUUUUCUCAUUUUCAAUGCACACCGAUUUAAUGUUUUACAUCCCUUUGGUAACCUGUUGGACUUGACACAUUUAUUCUAAAUCAGUUGUAGAGGCAGAAUAUUUUGGCAGAACUUGUAAAAAUAAGCUGGAAAAUUAAGUUUGUAGAUAGCAUUUGUUCUUAAAAAGAGUGACCUAUUGAAGAGAUAGUGUUCCUCAAGAUUUCUCAGCCCCUUUUUGUCCUCAGCUUGUCUGCCUUCCUCAUCCAAACAGUACUACAAGAGCAUGACUGGCAAAAUUGGAGAGGGAAGAAGUUUAGAUCUGGUUUCAGGAGCAAGUCUCAAAGAGAAACUCUGAGAGCUUGCAGAAUCGCAGGUAUGAGAUAAGGAUAGCGUUGACAUUUGCUGUGAGUUACAGUGAUAGUUCCAUUUUUUUCCCCAGUCACUGCUGUUUUUCUUUGACUAUUACAGUUGCCAGGAGGAUCCGUGUUUUUUCUUACUUGAAAAUCAGCAUUUAAGUGGCAAGUUGGAUGUAAUGGGAUGAAGCCAAAUUUAUGCGAUUUUAAGUAGUAAUACAUUUAAGGGUUAAAUAUGUAUUUAUGUAAACGUAUAUGAUGAUAUAAUUUUCCAUCCCUGAAUCCUACAUUUUGGAGCAUGUGGUAUUGUCAAAUUUGGCCUAUCAUUUGGAGACAGAGAAGGGUAUUUGCAAAUAAAAAUGGUAAAAAUAGUAAAAGAAGAUGAAAUAAAGUAACUAUAGUGAUAAGUAAAAUAAGGCAGAACACUUCAAUAUCCAAGGUCAUUUUGGUUGCCUAAAGCAUUUCCCCUUCUGUUUUCAGUAAAAAAAUUUUUAAUCAACCAAAAGUGAAAAUUAAAAAAAAAAUAAAAACACAUGCAUAUAUCCAUAUAAAACAAAACAAAAGUCAGUGUGCAUUGAAUUUAACAAGUAUUGCAUUGAAUUUAAAAUGCCAGUUUGGGAUGCUUUUGCUAUAUUUUGGUGGCAUUUUAACUAGUCACUUUAACAUUUAUUAAUUGUGCUUCCUCUUAUAAAGUUAAGUACCUACUUUUUUGUGUAAAUCAGGUUCUGUAUGUGUUAGGAAAUGUAACACUUAAUUUCACAGCAAGUUUUUGUUGUGCAGAUUUGAGGCUUUAGUUUUUUAAACUGGACGAAAAAGAAUUUUGUACUGUUGUUUCUGUUUAUGUCAACAUUGCAGAACAUCUCUUUGCCUCAUGUUAUAAUAUAAACAGGGAAGGUUCACUCCCUUGCACCCCCACCUACCACCUCUGAAACAAACAUGAAACUGCGUGGACAUAAGAUAGCAUCUUAACUCAUUUUAUUAAAAUGAAAUUUAGAUUCUUCCUACAUCCUAAAGUAAAACCUACAGCAGAGCAAAUGAUGGUCUCCCAGGUGUCACUGUGAACUUUUUCUUUCGAAAUGUGAAUUUUUUUACACUGACUUUCUUUUUUAAACAAAUGAAGCACAUGGCUUUGCAAUUUUAGUGUUUUCCUAUCGAGACCAUAAAUUUGACUGUUUAGAACCCAGUGACACUAAAUAGAUAAAGGAGCUAUCCUUUCAAACUUCCAAAUGAUAUGAUAUUGUGCAUUUAUGCUCUCUCUCUCUCUCUUUUGUCUUUUCUAGUUAGAUCAAGAUAAUGAUGGCUUGUAUCCUCCUCGAUUCCGAUACAGUAGGGACCGGGCUUAAAACAUGAGUGGCUUGGGCAUAUCUGUGUUUGUAGAACAGGCUUUGUUUGUGCACGCUUUGCUAUGAAUGAAGUUCCUUUAAGGACAAAGAAAAGUGCACUUUUCUUCUUUCAGGCAUAUCUGCUUUUGCUUAAAAUCUGCUCAUUCUAAAACAUACGCUCCUUCACCAAUCCCAGAGACUCGUUCUGGAACUGAACUGGUACCAAGCCAUUUCUGUGAAUAAAGUACCCCAGCAUUUUUGUUUAAAUUCUUCCUUAAACCUUUACAGCUUCUUUACCUGAUUUAAGAAAAGAGGAAAAGAACUAGGGGAUAAGCCCUUUAAAAACCCAUUCUUAGGCACAAAAGAAUUUUUUUCUUUUCAUAUAAACAUCACAUUAGUGGGUUCUGUUGGGGUACUGGUGGGUUUGCAGGGAUUUAUUUCAAGAGCCUUUACGGGGAUUCGGGUGAAGGAACCCCCAUCUGUGCUGGAGAGUUGGCUACUCUUUUAAAUAGCCCCCACCACAGUCACGAUAGUGAGUGUUGGAUUACUUGUUAAAGUCAAGGUUGCCUGCCUCAUUUUCAUCAUGCUGUUUGCAAAAUUCUUGCUUUCAAUUAAUUUAUACUGUGUGUAACUUUAGGGUUUCUAUUAUGAAAUGCAUGCUCCCCAUUCUGCCUUAGUUUCUGACCUUGUUUGCUCUGGGUCAAAAUAUGUGCAACAAAAAGUGCAUUAUGACUUUUUACCAGAUAUACUGUGAGAGUCAUCAUCGGUUUAUUUCCCUUCUCUAUGUACUUGUAAAGAUUUGGGGCAUAUGAAUGUAACUGUACUGAAUUCAGUGAUGCUAUAGUUUGCACUGUUUUGCAUUGUGUCAACCAUUUUCAGGAAGUGAAAAAGCCCUACUGUGUUUUUAAAGAAUAUCAGGUAUAAGCCCAAUACUAAGAGGGUUAUACACACUGCAUGUUUUCUUAUGUGGCACUUUUAUGUAUUAUGUUGGGUUAUUGUUCUAGAUUGGACUGUUAAAUACUGUGUUUGAGGCUGGCUUGUCAUUUUUAUAACUGUCUUGGUGUUUUAUCGCCAUUAUUUAUUACUUUUGAUAUACAGAAUGAGCUGCAUGCAUUUAUAGAGCAAUAAGAGGAUGUAUUUAAUGUGCCUUGUUUUUAACUGAACAAGAACUGAAAGCAUGAAUCAAUAAAACUGAUUAAAAUAGUCCA